AUGCAAAAAGAUUUUGAGAUGAAAUUCCAAACUUUUUCUGAAAAGUCAGUCGACAGUGACCAAAAAGGAACUAUGAAAUUUUACCAGUAUGCUCAAAUAAUCACGUUGUCAUUAUCGGCUGUGGAUUUAUUAUGUUCAAUACUAGUCGUUCCAGCCAGUUUAUACAGUACCUUAGUGCCAGACUGGCAUUUUAUGGGUGAUAAUUCACCGUCGUGCAAAUGUUCUGCCUUUAUUGAAGCUGCUUUAAUCGUUAAUGCAGCAUAUACGUACGGUUGGAUCGGUGUUGAUCGUUAUGCUGCAUUGAAGAGACCGCAAAGGACGGUGCAACUUCAUGAAAUUUUAAUCACUAAAGAAGCAACAAUUGAAUUGCUUUCAGAUAAUCUUUUUUGCGGGGAACUUAAAGAAAGCUGGAUAAAAUUCACCAUAACAACGGUCACGAAACAAACUUUAAAUUUACAAUUUCAUUUUUGCUGUAUAUAUGAAGUCGAACAGACGUUAACUAAAUGUAUCUGUUGGAUUAUCUUCACAUGGGUUACUUCAACGCUUUUGCCACUGCCCAUUUUAAUCACUCAUGUAACGUAUAAUCAAUCUGUUGAAUUAUGUAUCUUUCACUGGUCGACGGCAACAUAUUAUUUUAUUACUUUGGCUCUCCUCACUGUUGUGCCUUCUGUGUUAACAAUUCUUUUCACCUAUUACUGCGUUUUCUCAGCGAUGCGAAAUGUUAACAAGGUUUCAGACUUAAUUAUUUUUUCUUCUUGCUCUGCUAUUCUUACACUGCUUUUUUUGUCUUCUUCUUUUCUCUUUGCUCUCUUUGGUUAUGUUUUUCAAAAUUUUUUGCUAGAGAAAUCUUGCUGAUU